AUGGGGCCUGUCCAGGACCAAGUGCCAGCCCCACAGCCCUCGGCCGAAGGCCAGUCUCUGCCGACCAACAGCAAACUCCGAAUGUUGGAGGACCAAGUCCUCUGUCCCAUUUGCCUGGAGGUGUUCCACAACCCGGCCACCACGACCUGCGGCCACAACUUCUGCCUGGCCUGCCUCCAAGGGUUCUGGGACCACCUGACCGCCAUGGGUGAGAUGUCCUAUUGCCCCCAGUGCCGGCAGACCUUCCCCUCCAGGCCCCGCCUCUGCAGGAAUGUCACACUCGGGGACAUGGUGGCCUGCUUCACCCAGAACAAGGGCCCGGCCAUGAGGUCCUUGCAGGACGUGGCCGGCCCGGGGGAUGUUCCCUGUGACGUCUGUUCCCCACAGAAGCUCAAGGCCCUCAAGUCGUGCCUGCAGUGCGCGGCCUCGCUGUGCGAGAGGCACCUGCGCAGCCACAUCGAGGACCAGGUGUUCCAGGGCCACCAGCUGCUGGAGCCCGUGUGGGACCUCAAGGGCCGCCUGUGCCCAAAGCACCGCAAGCUGUGCCGGCUGUACUGCCGCACCGAGGGCUGCUGCGUGUGCGGGGCCUGCCUGCUGGAGGAACACAAGGACCACGACACGAUCCCGCUGGCCGAGGAGCGCGCCUGCAAGGAGGUCGAGGUGCGGAAGGUCCAGGCCAACGUGGAGAACCAGAUGCUGAUCAUCGCCUCUGACAACCAGAAGCACCGGGGUCGCAUGGCCUUACUCUCGAAACUGACCCAGAGAAUGCGCAACGAGGUGAACGCCUGCUUCUCGGACAUUGUCAGAGAGACCAAGCAGCUGCAGGUGAAGAUCUUGGAGUUUCUGGAGCAAGAGGAGACCACUGUCCUGGGGAAACUGGGCAACUCCAUCCAGCAGAGCCACGGCCGGCUCCUGGCGCUGGAGGGCGACAGCGUCUGGCUGCACACGCUGCUGACCAACCAGAGUGACCAGCAGUUUCUGCAGGAGUUCCCCAGGCUGAAGCACUUCCUAGCCCACGACGAGCCCUUGACGGGCACAGCCUUUGACGAGGAGAGUUUCCACUGGCUGCCGGAGACCCUGGUGGAUUUCCGCACCCAGUUGGCCAAUGUGGGGCUCAGCUUCCUCAACAAGCUCCUCCUGAAGGGCAUUAAGAUGAACUCCUAUGAGGUGCUGCCCCCCGCCAUGGACCGGAAGGUCCUCCUCAAGUCCUACUGCAACCUGCACUUCGACCCGGCCAUGGCCAGCCCGGAGCUGUUCCUCUUGCCGGAGACGCACUCGGUGCUGAACCUGGGCAUCCUGCUGGAGCCCGCGGCGGCCGGCGCGCCCUGCCCCGGCUUCGCGCAGUGGCCGCAGGUGCUGUGCUCGCGCGGCCUGGCCGAGGGCCGCCACUACUGGGAGGCCGAGGUGUCCGACUCGUGGGUGUGCCUGGGGGUCACCUACCGCCGCGGCGCCCUGGCCGGCGGCCGCGCGCGCCGCAGCGUCGUCUACCUGCUGGGCCGCAACCCGGACUCGUGGUGCCUGGAGUGGGACUCGCUCAAGUUCUCCGUGUGGCACGACAACAAGCGCACCGUGCUGCCCGGCGCCUACCAGCGCACGCUCGGGGUGGCCCUGGACUGCGCCGCCGGCUGCCUGGCCUUCUACGGCGUGGCGGGCGGGGCCAGCCUCAUCUACCGCUUCCUGGCCACCUUCCUGGAGCCGCUGUACCCCGCCGUCAUGGCCAGCAGCGGCGCCGCGGUCACGCUCAGGCAGCGCCCCGAGGCCUAG